UCCCUGUUUCCAUCCCAUACUCUCCUCCUCCCCGCGCAGAGCGUGCAGCGCCUGCAUACAUAGCUGGCGUCCCGUGGCAAUUCCUCUCUAUUUGGAACUUAAACUUUCAACUCUUUGCAUGCUAUUGCAAAACAGACCUGUGGUAGGCGUGGACUUGUGUGCGUCAGUUUGUAUUUGUAUUUAUCUUGUUCUACGGGUGGCGGUCGGACUCUCCCGCGGACAGCCUCACCUUAAAACGGACUGGACCAGUGAAGAUAGAACGCAUCGGGAGUUAGUGUCUGGAAACUUUUGUCAUCAUGACCAUGCAAGCAGCGGUCAACCUCGAUACCUACAACCUUUCUCUGCUCACCGCCAAGGAGGAUAUUCUCAAUCCCCGCUCGUCCACCAACUGGGCUUUGUUCACAUAUGAAGGAAUCAGCAACAAGCUCAAACUGGCAGACUCUGGAGCGGGUGGUGUGGCAGAGCUGGCAGGAAAGUUUCACAUGGCCAAACCCCAGUAUGGUCUCUGCAGAAUCGGGACGGCGGAGACAGGAGGGCCGUGCAUCGCUAUGAUCAGCUGGAUGGGACAAAAUGUGGAUGAAUACCGCAGGACGGAAUGUUCCAACCACAUGGCCGCCAUCAGGAACUUCUUCAAGGAGUCCCAUGUGUUUAUCAGUGCAGAGAAGGUGGACGAUGUCACAGAGGAGUUGAUCGCAGCCGAGCACAGUAAAGUUCAAGCGCGAGCGCCCAUGGAGCGAGUCAGAAGGAGCUCCCGGUCUGCAGAGAAAGAAGAGACAGUGGGCACCAACUACAGAAAAACAAACGCUGCUAUGGAGAUGAGGAGAAUCAACAGAGACUCCUUCUGGGCAUGUGCAGAGCGCGAGGAGGAGCAGCGAAAGGAGGAGGAGAGGAGGCGUAUGUUGGAGGACAGAAGGCGUCUAGAGAGGGAAAGAGUUCAGAACGAACGCAGGGAAGCCGAUGAGAGAGAUAGGAAGAUGAACGAAAAGCUCCAGAUGAUUGAAGAGCAGAGGAGAAAAGAGGCACAGAAAGAAGAAGAGUUACGCGGGCAUGAGAAAUCAAGAUGGGUGCAGCAGCAGAGGGAGCAUGAGGACAACAUGAGGGCCCGUCUGAAGAGGAGUGAGUCCAUAGAGAUGGCAGCGGAGGCAGCAGUCCUGGUUUCCCAGCGCUCCAUCAACCCUCGGGAGUUCUUCAGACAGCUCUCUUCCUCGUCUAAGAGCCCCCUCAGCCCCACAUCUCCCCGCAGUGGUACAGGCAGACCCCCGGCACGGCGCUACCAGCGCAGCCUGACGGACACGGCCUUCAUCUUCUCCAAGGCCCCCGAGGACAGCUCCCCUCGCAGCCCCCCGUUCGUCUCCCCCUUCUCCCGGGGGCCCGCCUCUCCGAUGUUCCGCUCGCCCCCGCCCACCAGCCCCGACUUCCAUCCUUCGCCCCAGAGCCGCCCGCCCCCGGCCAAGUCCCCGCCCCCUUCCCCCGUGCACCCCGGUCCCCCGGACUCGGCCCCGCCCAGCCUUCCAUCUCCCGGGGUUACCCUGCGCCCCCACAACCAGCGCCGUCGCCACAGUGCGUCGGACGACCCAGCCACCACCACCGCCACCGCCACGUCCCCUGCCCCGCUGCAACCGUCCGCCCCCCCCGCCUCGCUCCUGGCGUCCUGUCCCCCGGGAGACGACAGCGCCUCACCCGCCCACGCAGGGGAGACCACGCCGAUGACACCCCCCGAGAGCCAGGCCUCCCAGGCCCUCGGCCCGGGUCAGGCGUGGGCGGUCCGGGACUUCUCCCCAGUCCAGGUUGAGGUGGACCCAGUGCCACAGGCACCCAGUGCGCCACUUCCCGUCAGUCCACAGCCCAACAGAGACCUCCACGCUGCCACUCCGGCGCACACCGAGCUGGACUCAUGCUACACAGCACAGGCUGUGUUGGUGGAGGAAGAAGAGGAAGAAGAGGAGGAUGAAGUAAGGAAGGGUGAAGAUGAACCCGCGCCAGAGCCCCGACCCCCUCCUACCGCCCCGCCGCACCGUCAGCCCGUCGCAGUGCCGAGAGAGGAGCCGACGGCCCAGGAAUCGGACACAGAACCAGAGGCUGCUGUGGAAGGACCAAUAGUGAUGGAGGCGGAAGACGGGGGGGCGGAGGAUGAAGAACUGGUGAACGACCAACAGCAUUGUGCGCUGCCCCCGCAAGAGUCAAGCAUGUUGGUCCACUUGGAGGAAGAGCCGGGGCUAGGUACAGUGGCCGGUACAGUGUUCUCUUCUCGUUCUCAUCUUGCAUCAUUUCAAUUUAACUGUAAGGAGGAGGAGGAGAAGGAGGAGAAAGAGAAAGUGGAGGUUUAUGAGAAUGGACAAGAGGAAAUUAUGGAGACACAAAUGUGCGUGAAGGCCCUCUAUGACUACCAAGCGGCAGACGAAUCUGAGAUCUCCUUUGAACCCGGCGACAUCAUCAGUGAUGUGGAGACGGUGGACGAAGCCUGGUGGAGUGGCUGCAGCAAAGAUGGCCAACAAGGCCUGUUCCCUGCCAACUAUGUGGAACAUAUUUAGGAAAAUAUUCACAUGGUCGCAACAAGACACACACACACCCAAUUCAUUUAUCAUAACAUACACCUUUUUUAUUGACAUUAUUCCAGCACUGUUAUGUUGUUAUAUAUGUUCCAAGAUGUAUUUGCAGAGCAAUACAUAUUUUACAUUCAUAAGACACACAGCCCUAAAGAAAUAUAGAGCACAAUGAGCAACUUUUCAUAUAUUCAAUAAACCAUGUAUAAUUCACUCUCCGAUGCAAACAUUAAUUUGUUUUAAUCCAAUGUGUAUUGCUCUGAAACCAAUUGUAAGUCUCUUUGAAUAAAAGCGUCUGCUAAAUGCCUUAAAUGUAAAUGUGUGGAGUUUAAGAUUUUGAUCCCAGCUCGGAAAUAUUCUAAAUUAAUUUACUUUUUGUUUUGUUUUUGUCUUUAUUAAAUAAUAGUAUGCCUAUAUUUAAGACCGCUAAAGAGGGGCUAUGUUACAUUAUUGUGGUUGCUUUUUGUAUAGGGUAUGUAAUUAUCUGUGGUCUGUUCAGAUUCUCUAAAUGCUUCACAGUGGUGUUCAGAGCCUGCAUCACAACAGGACAAAAGAUUGACGUAUAUGAGCACUGAUUUUAGAAUCUGCUUUUCUCCACUCUCUCCAGUGUAAUUCCGGGGAAAAUUGAACCCAGGCUCACUGUUUUGGUAUGUAAACACAUCAAAUUAGCCCCCCAGAUACUUUCUCCAUUAAAAAUCGAGGAUAGAGUUUGCGCAGCGCAAUUUUGUGCCCCCUUGUUAUGGCUAGGGGCAUAGCGAAGGCUUCCAUAUCUGCAUCUUUUUUACCACUAAUAUAGCUCAAAAUUGUACCAAACCUCUCCAGUAGCAUUAUUAGGGUCGCUACACAUAAAACUAAGCAUCAACAACUUAGUUAGCGUAAAAAAUACUGUUUUCCAAGUCUGUGCAAUUACCAGUAGGUCCAUGUUUCCAGGAAGUCAACACAAGUCAAUUACCGGCUACCGUAAAUAAUAUAAAAGAGAUGCCAACAAAUUUUACUUAACAAUCUCCCCUCUUGAUACUUGGAAGUUUUAAAUUUGUUUGCGUCUCUUUUGGAACAUUGACGAUUUGAUUUAUGUGAAGGGACCCUAAUCAUGCAAUUGCAGAGGUUUGGUGGUAUUUUGAGUUACAUUAGUGGUAAAAAAAGGCAGUUAUAAAAAGCAUUCGCUGUGCCCCUAGCCAAUAAUAUGGAAGCAAAACAUUGCGCGAGGCAAACUCCAUACUCGAUUUUCAAUGAAAAAAAAGUAUCUGGAGGGCUUAUUUGACAAGUUUACAUGCCAAAACAAAGACCCUGGGUUCAAUUAACCCUUCGGCCGGGAUUACACUUUAAUAAUAGCUUGCAUUUUGUUCAUGAAUGUGUUUUGUUCAUUAUACCAUUACGUUUGUUAUCUCAUUCUUCUUAAGCUAUUUGAUUUCUGCAGUAAAUUGACACUAUUGACAAAGUAAUAGAUCAUGUUUUAUCUCAUACCUAUCAUGAUGGUUUGUACGAUUAAUUUUGGAUGUUGAUAAACAGUUAAUAUUG